AGAAAACUAUCAAUCGAAUUAUAAGUCUACUGUUUUCUGGCGUCAGAUGGACAACAUUCUCGAGCGCAGAGAUAAGUUUAACCGUGGGUGUGGAAUUGUCAAAACAAUUGGGAAUCAUGAACUACUGGAGCCACAAGAUGAUUACGAACAUGUAGAUUCCACGGUUGAGUAUUUAAUCGAGAAUCUCCCCCAGCUUGAUGAUGGCACGGUGGAAUUUCUGGAAUUGAUGCGAAUGCUCAAGUACACUUACGAAGCCCACUGUCAGUGUCACGGUGAUGAUGAUUGCUCCGACAGCGGCUGCUGUCCGAUGGGUGCAAACUAUGCAGCAACCUCCAAUGGUGAGCUAGUUUUACGAGACACACCGGAAGUGAUUUUCGAAUGCUCACCAGCCUGUGGAUGUCGACCAACUUGCCAAAACCGCCUCGUUCAGUUUGGCCCUAGAAAACAUCUGGUGAUUGGAACUAGCAGUACAGUACCUAAUCAGUGGGGACUCUUUACUAGUAGAUUUAUUCCAAACGGGGGUUUCAUCUGCGAGUACGCCGGUGAAAUUCUCACCAGAGGCGAAGCUGAAAAGCGUAACAAAUUGAACGAUUCGAUCGGGAGUAAAAAUUACGUCCUCUGUUUAAACGAACAAUUCCAUGCUGAAAAGCAAACUCGGACGCAGAUUUUCAUUGACCCCGAACGAAGGGGUAAUAUAGGACGAUACUUGAAUCAUAGUUGCGAUCCUAACUGCCGAACGGUGGCCGUACAUAUCGACAGUCCAUUGCCGAGGAUUGGAAUUUUCGCCCAACGGGACAUUCAACCUGACGAAGAGUUGUACUUCGACUAUGGAGGCGGACUAGUUUCAAAACCCACCAGUAAAUCAUCAGCGUGUCUUUGUGGAUCAACCCUCUGCCGAGGAAGCCUUCCCUCGCUGUCGUACUGAGUGACCUUCCCUUCCGUUACAGACCAAAAAAUCCGAGCUGAUUCAUUACUUUCGACCCGACGUCGGAGGCCCGAAGCUUUCCACCUAUCAUAAAAUCGAUCUUGACGAACCAAAGCUGAUGGAAACGAUACUGGCGGAAAGCGUUGGCAUCAAGGGAGAGGUCCG